AUGAUAUCUGUAAAAUUUUGGUUCAUUUCUCUUUUCAUUUUCCUUACCAUAAUCUCUGUAAGUCCAUAUCCAAAUCCGACAAAACGUAAUGUUGGAGACGUUGCGAGUGCCACCUUUCCUUAUGUAAAUAACGUAAACACAGUUACCGGUGAAGUUCAUUUCGCUGAAAUCGCCGGUGGUAAACUCAGAAUUACAGGACAAUUUAAUACUGGGUUUCCAAAUGCACACCCUGAUAAUUAUCAAGUUGAGAUUAUUGACAAAGAUGAUAAAGUAAUUUUUGACAUGACAGAUGCAUUUAAAUAUAAACUUACAAUCAAUGUUCCAGGCACAUCACCAUUUGAAUGUGAUGUUGCCAAUUUGACUAUUGAAAAAAUUGUCGGUAAAUAUAUUUUGAUUAAGAGGAGGAAUUAUGUUGAAGCCG